CGAUUCCUUCGGUGAGCUCAAGCGCUGAGUUUUGGAACUUUUCCAAAGUUAUUUCCCCAACCUGGUAACACUGUUAGAGGUUUCUUAUCCAAAAUAGAAAUAGGUUUCGGUUUAAGAAUUAUUAUUUUGUUAAUUUUAAAAUGAGUGCUUCUGAGUCCAAGAAAGAAUGUACUAUAUGCUCUUAUAUUCCUUUGAAACCGCUCACGAUGACAAAUGUUGCUGCUUUUUAUGUACCAGUUUUUGGUUCAGUUAGCUAUGCAACAUUAUCAGUAAACGUGAUGAAUCCUAGUUUAUUGACCAAAAUUGUACCAUCUCGAGAUGUUACCAAUUUUCUUCUUACAACUUCAGUAGUUGGUUCAGGGAUGUAUAUCUAUAACAGGAGACAUCUUCAUGACGCUGACAUGAGUGCAAAAAUGCUGUAUAGUGGUUUUGAUGCUCUUAUCUUCAAUUUUGGCUCUGUAUUGUUAUGGGCUGUAUUAAGAACUGUCUCACCUAAAAGCAAUUGCAUCGCUACCAUCAUGGGACUCUUGACAAGCGGUGGCUUGCUGUAUACUGGUUAUUCUUAUCUCAAAUACAUAGACGAUAAUGCAUCAUCAUCAUCAUCGUCAUCUGUUACAAAGUGAACUGAAACAGCAUGGUUAUUUUUUAAAAAUCUUUUAACUCCCUAGUCUGUUUCGUGGAGUGAGAACUUAGAGCACAAUGUUGAUUGUUGUUUGUUUUAUUAUAUGGAAUUUAUAAUAAAUUAAAUUUUUUAGUAAUUUGAAUAAUGAUUUUCUUAAACUGUGAUUCCUUCCUUUGUCAUAAGCAAAGUAAAAUCUUGCUGGGCUGAAUUUGAUGUAGUUUUAAUAACUCAACUGUCAUUUAAACAUAGCUGAUUGAUUUAAAAUAUCCAAGUUUCAAUCUUUCAUAUUGGUAUUCUCUGCGAUAAUUUAUUCUGUUACAAAGAAUUUCUCUCUGUUACUUGUUGAAGAAAGAGUUAUGAAUAUUUAAUAUUAAUGUCUUAUAUUUUGUAGAAUGAAUUAUUGUGAUAAUAUAUUUUUGAGUAGAUGAUUAUUGUUUAAAAACAGACUAAUUAGACGUUUAACUGUGAAAUCUGGAAAAUAAAAGUAAUCUAUAUAAGUGCUAUAAAACUUAUGUAACUGUCAACUUUAAAAAACUGAAAUAUACUUUCACUAUGUUGAAUCAGCUUUUAUUUUGUAUUAACUAUCUCUAUAAUUAUUCAGAGCCUCUACAAAUGUUUGUUUUUAA